GGGUAAAUCUGCACUUCUCGAAUACCUUACCAACAGCAAUGGUCACUCCAAAGACAGCCCUAAUCCAGUAACACUGGACUUCCAACUCGAACCCGUCGACCUUGGCAAACGAUACUACAUUAUGGACACGCCCGGCUUCGACACAGAUUCAGAGCAAGACGUAUUCCGCAAGAUCAUUGCCGGAAUCAAUGCCGUACGCCCCUAUGCCAGGAUUAUUGGCGUCCUGCUAGUCACUCGCAUCAAUGAUAGCCGCGCCGAGAAAGUCGACAACAAGCUCGUUGCAUUUGUCAACAAACUCUGUGGUCCAGCAUACGCCGGCCAGAUCACCGCAGUCACGAACUUUUGGAACGUGUCUGAGUCGGUAGAGAAAACAAGAUUCGAGGAAAGACUGCAGCAAUGCUUACAGCGUUGGCGAGUGGUUCUUGGUGAUGAGCUGAAGCAGUAUCAGCAUGGACGCCGGUAUAAUUCAUUUGGUGAUGAUACAGGAGAGUGUCUUAAAUGGCAUGGGGACCGCGACGAUAUCAAAAUGUACGCCAAAGCGAUGCUCGAUCGUCACUACGGCAAUACUAAUCUGACGGAUCCGGUUAUUGUCCAGGAGUUGUCGAAUGGCAACCCGCUUUGGAAAACUGCCGCGGGGGAGUUUCUGGGAAUCGCCCCUCCACCCGAGUCUUCUUCACGAGCUUCUGCACCCCCUCCAGUUCAAGCCGAAGCAACAGUACCGCCAGUGGACACCUCCGAACCUGAAGAGAUCGAAAUCCCCAUGCCAUCAGCCUCGACGCACCAGGCGAACUCGAAUCAACCCCAGCCCCCGACGCCCACAGAACCAUCCGCACUUGCAAAGUUUUUGGCAUGGACGGUAGAUGAAGUCGGUAUUCCCAUACUUAAUCAUCUGCUCAAUAACGUUACCUUUAGUGUAACGAGCGGAGGAGGAACAGGUCAAAGCUUCCCCAGCCACCUUGACCCUCUCUCUUCACGAGACCAUUUCGUAUGGCGUGGCCUGCCCGCAGACCUUGAGUCUCGAACGGAAUGGGCCCAAAGGCGCGGAAUUACUUCAGAGCCAGGGUCACAGGCAUUUGGCGACGCUGUUCGCAAUGCGGUCGAGCGCGAAAGGCCAAUGUGAACAGGUUACAUGUGUCACUCGGUGACACGAACAGAGAGUUACGUGCUUUUCAUACAGUGCGCUUGUUACGGCCGGCUUUGAUAUCUACAUGUUUUCUCAUACUAUC